GAAGAAAAAGCAACUUGGCCUCUGGAUUUUCCGUCUACCACAGAAGCAAAACAGCUGGAAGACUUUUUUGUUUCUUGCCUCUUCUGACAGUCAUCAUAUUUGCUUUAAAAUGAAUAUAUUUAAAUGGACUUUGGGUGUACUAUUAUUCCUGCUGUUGUCUAUUGGGCGCUGUACAGAACAAUCUACACCUAACAAAAUAUCCCAACGGAGGCAUCCUCGUUCAGCAGAUGGUGGAGAGGAAGGGAAGAAAUGUGGCUACACAUUCUUGGUCCCAGAACAAAAAAUCACAGGGCCAAUUUGCGUGAAUACUAAUGGACCAGGUACUGGUAACAGAAAAGACGAAGUCACAAGAAUGGACAUAGAAAACUUGAAGGAUGUGCUGUCCAAGCAAAAGCGGGAGAUUGACAUUUUGCAACUGGUAGUGGAUGUGGAUGGAAACAUUGUAAAUGAAGUGAAGUUACUAAGGAAAGAAAGUCGUAAUAUGAACUCUCGGGUCACCCAACUCUAUAUGCAACUCUUGCAUGAGAUAAUUCGAAAGCGUGAUAACUCACUCGAGCUUUCCCAACUGGAAAACAAAGUUCUUAAUGUUACAACAGAAAUGCUGAAAAUUGCAACGAAAUACAAGGAACUUGAAGUAAAAUACGCAGCACUAACUGAUCUUGUAAAUAAUCAGUCUGUGACUAUCUCGCUGCUGGAAGAGCAGUGCUUGAGAAUCUUCUCGCGACAGGACACUCAUGGGUCUCCACCUCUUGUUCAAGUUGUGCCACAACACAUUCCUAACAGCCAGCCGUACACCCCCAUUCUUCUGGGGGGUAAUGAGAUUCAGCGAGACCCAGGUUACCCCAGAGACAGAGAUGUAAGGCCACCGCCUGAUCCAGCUACUUCUCCUACAAAGAGUCCUUUCAGAGUACCACCACUGGCUUUAAUUAACGAGGGUCCAUUCAAAGACUGCCAACAAGCCAAGGAAGCUGGGCACUCCAAUAGUGGGAUUUAUAUGAUCAAACCUGAAAACAGUAAUGAGCCAAUGCAGCUAUGGUGUGAGAACAGCCUGGACCCUGGAGGAUGGGCAGUUAUUCAGAAGAGAACAGAUGGAUCUGUCAACUUUUUCAGAAACUGGGACAGUUACAAGAAAGGAUUUGGAAACAUCGAUGGAGAGUACUGGCUGGGACUAGAAAAUAUUUAUAUGCUUGCCAAUCAGGAUAAUUACAGACUACUGAUUGAGUUAGAGGACUGGAGCAAUAAGAAAGUCUAUGCUGAAUACAGCAGCUUCCGCCUGGAACCUGAAAGUGAAUUCUACCGGCUGCGCUUAGGAACAUACCAAGGAAAUGCAGGUGACUCCAUGAUAUGGCACAAUGGAAAGCAAUUCACAACACUGGACAGAGACAGGGACAUGUAUUCAGGAAACUGUGCCCACUUUCACAAAGGCGGCUGGUGGUACAACGCAUGUGCCCACUCUAACCUCAACGGAGUGUGGUACAGAGGAGGCCACUACAGGAGCAAGUAUCAGGAUGGAAUAUUUUGGGCUGAGUACCGAGGAGGUUCCUACUCCUUGAAAGCAGUUCAAAUGAUGAUCAGACCUAUAGACUGA